AUGUUUCGCCUUCUUGCAGUGACUCUGCUCGUUGUCUUGCCAGUAAUUUCGGGCACCUCGUGCAGGUAAAGUUCUAUUGUCUAUUUUUAAAUAGGAGUUUAAUGCAAAGAACCUGUUACAUCUAAGUCACCGCCGAAUGUGUGAAAAAUAGCUAUAAUGUAUCGAUUGACGUAAAUUGCAAGCGUCCAAGUGUUGAGUGAUCGAACUUUCAAACAAAGUGAUCGCCUAAUUUGUCGAAAACACAUAUUAAUUUAAAAUCACUGACAAGACAAAACUAGAAGCGGUGACCGAUUCCUAUAUCGAUUGACGUAAAUUGCAAGCGUCCAAAUGUUGAGUGAUCGAACUUUCAAUCAAAGUGAUCGCCUAAUUUGUUGAGAACAUAUAUUAAAUUAAAAUCACUGACAAGACAAAACUAGAAGCGGUGACCGAUUCCUCUAAUAAAAACACGCGCGAGGACGUAAAACUCAGACCCCCAGUUUGAUAUAAUUUUCACCCUGAUUCUUCUAGGGUGCUGCUCCAAGAGGGUGCGAAUGGGGCUAACCGUUAACUGAUAUUUGACCAAAAAAAAAUAGUAGUUAACUGAUAAUUGGCCAAAAAAUUAGUAGUUAGCUGAUAAAUGAAAAGUUAACAGUCAAGUGAUAUUAUAUCAAUGUUAAUGAAAGCAACAAACGUUUUGCAAACAGAGAUGCUGUUUUCGGACAUUUUUCUGUCCGGCUGAUGACCAGGUGGCACAUUAAUUUAACUUAUUAUUCAUUCAAAAUAUUUCCCCAAUUCUGAUUGGCUAAAAGCACAUGCAUAAUUCACCAUAACCAGUUACUGAUGACCAAAUUUGGAAGAAUUUUGUGUAGGAAAUGACGUCAAAAAUACAGCCUUCUACAGGUUAUUGCACCGUUAACCGAGAAGACCUAGGGACGAGAUUGAGUUGUUUUCGUUGCAAAAACUAAAAUUGCGGCCACUUCACUCGUUUCAAGAGUAAGAACUACAGCUGGAGCUAGGCGAAAUAAUGGCUAAAAACAUAGCUAAAACAGCAAGAAGACAACUCGGAGGGCGACAUCUGCUAUUUGGAGAAUAUUUGCGGAGCUGGACAAACCUAAACGUAAACUAUCGAAGAUAAACUUAACAUCGAUGCAGGUAAGCUUGUUUUAGCUAUUUUUUUAAACUAGGAAUUAUUUUGAAUGAAUAAUAAAACAAGUAUUGAAUUCGGCUUUCGUAUCAUAUGAAGAAUUAUGGAAUUCUCGGAGGAUGUUAUCGGCCUCGGCCUACGGCCUCGACAGAUAACACCCCGCCUCGAUCUCCAUAAUUCUUCAUAAGAUACUCAGCCUUAUUCAUUAAUUUCUAGUUAUAUUACCGUGUGCAAAAGGCACACCAGGGCAGUACCCGACAAACAGAAAUAAAGGGUAAGUGAAAGAGCUGGUUGUAGACAACUCAACGAAUAAUUCGUCUUCUGAUAUUAACAAGAUUUCUGUCUUUGGAAAAGGAAAAUACUGUUUUCACGGACCUAAAGAUCGUCAAGUUAAACAUUACCCAAAUAAAAAAGCUCUGACUCUUAGCAUUGGUUCUGCUGAAAAGAAUCUCUGAGGGUUCAAAGAAAUCAGCAGUCUUUCUUUCAAGUACAUGGAAUUUGUACUUACGACAAAUCAUUUUUGUAACUGAUACUGCAGUUCUAACUAUUGAGGUUUUUUUAAUAGAAAGAAAAGCUCGUGUUUUAACAGGUCUUACUGUCUUACGGUCUUACAGUUUCAUUUCUUAAAACCCUUGGAGAUAUCUUUAUGAGGCUUUUGAAAUAUGCGAAUAAGGUACACCUGCGAAAAAGCUAACAUUGCGGGACGCGGAAGAGGGUGUAGACAAAAUCUAUAUCGAGGUAAAAAAAAAAAAACCUUCUGACAACGCAAGUGGAAAACCUACAUGCGGUUUCUCACUUCAACUCAACGCAUUUAGUGCUUUUAACUACGCCCAAGACUUCGGAACCACAAUAAAGGAAUCGCUUAAAAGAACUACGAGUUCGAAGAGAGCUACAAUCACGAAAUAAAAGUCGAAUUGUCCCGUGUCAAAUAAUUUGUCAGCACUCUCAACUAUGUCUCUCCCAUUGGUGCAAACAGUGAUUGAAUUCAGUCACCAAUUGAAUUCCAAAAAUAAUCGUUCAGUUUUGUUAUUUAAGGCCAUAUUUUGGCAUUGAUAAUGUUUCUCGUCGUCGGUUGCAAUAUGCAAGGAUUAAAAAUGGAUUGAAACUUAGGCCAACGACAAGAUACAGGACAUACAGCAACCAGAUAAGUAAAAGACUGAUUCCGAUCAGAUAGUGAAAGUGCCGAGGAAGGUGACUUUGAAGCAGUUUAUAGCAGGACAUGCAUGACCAUGUAGGGAAGAUCAGUACGAGAUCAUGACCGGUGCGUCUGGAUCCAUGAGGCUGGUGUCAUAUUGAUGGUUAUACGACUUUUAUUUCAGUUACUAAUAAAUUGUAUUAUCAUUCGAAGCAAAUUUUUCUUUCUUUUCAUUGGCCAAG